AUGAGUACUAGAAAGCUACAACAAGAGUUCGAUAAAACGAACAAAAAAAUUGCGGAAGGAUUAUCAGUUUUCGAUGAUAUUUACGAUAAAUUAAUGACUACUGAAAUUAGUUCCCAGAAGGAAAAAUUGGAAAGUGACUUAAAGAAAGAAAUCAAGAAGUUGCAGAGACUGAGAGACCAAUUGAAAACAUGGAUUAGUGAUACUAGUAUUAAAUUAGAUAAAAGUUUAAUACAAGAAAAUCGUACCAAAAUUGAACAUGCUAUGGACCAGUUCAAAGACUUAGAGAAGUCCUCUAAGAUCAAACAAUUCUCGAACGAGGGUUUGGAGUUACAAAGUCAGAAGACAAAGUACAAUAAAUUCACGGAUCCAGAAGACGCAAAGAAGCAGGAAGCCUGCAAUUACAUUGGCGACAUAAUUGAUCAGUUGAACCAACAAAAUGAGUCUUUGGAACUGGAGAUACAUCUGCUUACCAUUCAAUUGAAGAAAACCAAAUCUGUGAACUCUUAUAGUGUACAGUCCUCGAUUGAUGAUUGCAAAUAUAAUGUGGAGAGAAAUAAUAAUCAUUUAAGUAAAUUGGAAAAAAUUUUGAGAAAUAUAGAAAACGAGAACUUGGAUCCUGAGCGUGUGGAUGAUAUCAAAGAUGAUUUGGAAUACUACGUUGAAAAUAACCAAGAUGAGGAUUAUGUUGAAUAUGACGAUUUCUAUGAACAAUUAGAAAUGGCUGACGACAAUGAUAUCCAGGGUGGUUCUGGUAAUGAAGAUAACGAAGACAACAAAUCAGAAACAAAAGAAGAACCCAAGGAGGAACCUAAAGCCGAACCUAAAGCAGAGGCUAAGACAGAAACAAAACCGGAAUCUAAGCCAGAUGCCAAAUUGGAAUCCAAACCCAAGGCAGAAAUCAAAAGUGAACCAAAAAUUGAAACCAAAUCGUCGAGCGAGUCUGCAAAUUCCAUUGCUAAUAAUGUCGCAAAGAAAGGAAAGCCAACUGUUGUACCAGCAGCAAACCCUCCACCUCUCAACACGGCACAAUCAUACUCCAAUAUUAUUAAGGCAUCUAUGUCUUCUCCAGCAGCUACCAAAGCCCUUCCUCCUGGGUUGAACCAAGCAAAGUCAUCUACAUCGUCACCACAACGCACACCACAGAAACUAAACCAAACGGACGACAGCAAAAAGAGAAUUGCUUCUCAAACCCAGCAAAUUCCAUCCACGCAACCAGAAACUAGGUCCGAGACGCAACUGCCUAUAUCAAAUGUAAAUAAACCUAUCUUUGAAACAGUAAAUAGGCUAUCAACUUUACCACAGUCGAGAUUGCACAAUCCAUUACCAUUCCAAUCAAUCGUUCUGUUGUUGGAAUCGUCUUUGCUCAACUGUCCAGAUUCAUUCGAUGCCGAGAAACCAAGACAAUACCACCCCACAAGCAUCCAUCCAUCGUCCGUGGACUACCCCCAGGAACCAAUGUAUGAGUUGAACUCCAGCCACAUAAUGAAAAAAUUUGAUAACGAUACCCUUUUCUUCUGCUUUUACUACAGCGAGGGCAUCAAUAACUUGGCAAAAUGGAAUGCUGCACAGGAGUUGAGCAAAAGAGGCUGGAUUUUCAAUACAGACGUCAAGCAAUGGUUCUUAAAGGAUAACAAGAACGGAGGUAAGAAUAGAUCUAUGUCCAUCAUUCAAAAGGAAGAAGACGAACAAGAUAAACAAGAUGACUCUGGGAACAAAGAAGAGAACUACAAGUAUUUUGACUACGAAAAGACAUGGUUAACCAGAAGAAAGGAGAAUUAUAAAUUUAGUCAAGAUUUGAGGGAAACUUUUUAG